AUGAGCUUCCAAGAUGCUGUGACGCUGGGGCUUGGUGUUACUAGCGCUGCCCUAGGACUUUAUCAAAGUCUCAAACUUGCUCUGCCUGUCUCCCCAAUUUCAGUUCAUGAGCGGGUGUCCUUGAUUUACGGAGGUUCGACAGCCACUGGAACUCUGGCAGUUCAAUUUGCCAAGCUGUCUGGCUAUGAAGUUCUUACCACAACUCCCCUCGCAACAUUAAAGAGGUGA